AUGCUUCUGCAGUUUUGCCUCAUUUUCACCUUUGGCACCCUCAACAUUGUUGGGCAAAGAAGCAACGUGCCCUCGUUGAACUACCUCGACGUACUGAGGAGGAUAUCGGUGCCGAACGACGCCGUAUGCACGGGCAGGCGGCCGGCAUACCUCGCGGCUCCCAUCACCUCAUCGUCCGAGUUCCAGUCGUCCACUCAGCUGAUCGGUGUCACCAGCUCCCAAUGCAAACAGAUCUGCUCCAGAAAUCAGACGCCGAACGGGCGACGCAUCGCCUGCGGCUCGUUCGACUACCACCACGGUGACAGACAGUGCUCUCUUCAUCGCGAGCAGGUGAAACCUGACGGCUCCGGCAACCUGAAGAUCGUCGCAGGUUCCAAGCAACAGUACUUCGAAAAAUUUUGCCUACCGGGUAAACGACAACUUUGUUCAGCGAAGUCAUUGCAGUCAGUACCUGAGGCUCAAGCUUUCGCUCGUUCAGUCUUCAGGCUGAACACGGAUUUCGAACUUUGCCACUCAACCAACUGUUGUCCUCUUCUUCUUUUCGCCUUUCUUUCUUCCCCUUCCUCCUACUCUUCUUCUUGUCAUCCUAAUCAACGAUAUCACCGUCAACUUACCAUCAGAGGUUAUGAAAGCAUUCCACCGGGAUCGAACGACUUGUGCUGA